AUGGGUCUUUGUACGAGUAUCUGUAUGAACACAAAGGGGCACGAUGACAAUGAUGGAGAACAGUCUAAGGACAGCUAUGAACCUGGAGGAGGUCUUAAACGCACGGCAAAAGAAAAGGAGGAACCACGGUACCGCUGCAGUGCUCAGCGGACCGCUGUUAGGAGCCAGGUUAUUCAACGGUUUCAUCGGCUCUCUCGCCCUCGCCUGGUGUCAUUAAAGCCUCAACCCGCCAACUCACCACCGAAUGAUAGUGAAAACAAGGUAGCAUUCCCUCAAUUGCGUAAACGAGGCCGAUACCUGACUCUCGCCGAUGCCGUCCAAUUAAUCAAUCGCCCGAUCCCCGAGGUCCCCAUACCUCCCAGAAGGCGGUACCAGACAAUGUGA